UCAAAAGUAAUUUUUGCUUAUGGUGUAGCGGUUGCUUGAUAUUAUAGCAGAUUGAUCCAAUUAUUGAUCCAAUUAUUGACUACCUGCACUAUGGAUUAUGUUCGAAAACAAUUUUACCGCUCCAAACGGGAGCCAGGUGGAGACAACGACUACUACGAUGAUCACGAUCAAGUCGAGGAACGGGCAAUUGUUAUUCAUCCUGGACAAGUGGAAGAAGCAACACAUAUAAUCUCGUUUCCGGGAAGAAUAAGUUUAGAAGAAUUGCGAUUUUGGGCCUAUGUUCCCAAUCUCCACGAGAAUACUUUCGAACCGACAGGAUAUACAAAUAAUAACAUAAAGCUAGCAGAUGGUCCAAGUUCUCUCCAAAAUACCCAGGCUAAGACGGAACAAAAACAAAAAGAACGAAGGCGGCAAACGAAUAACUCGUAUGUUGAUAUUGCAGUAAUUGAAAUCCCUUUGGAAUGUCGCUCAGGUCAACAGCCACCAUGUGAUCUGACGAGCAAAGGAAUCGGUAAAAUCGAACACCGAGACGACAYCAGCUUUUUAUCGCUCUGCGAUGAAACUACAGGUCGACUUCUGAUAGAUCACGAAGUCUUUCGUGGAUACCACACUGYACUUCAYAUCCCGCCAACUGGAAUGAUGAUGAAAGACCGAAUUAUUGAUCCUAAGGCUAAAUCCAUUCCUUCCUUUCCGUCACAAGACUCGAAGUACGAUGUCCUCAUAGCAAAUUGCGAUCAGCAGGCCUAUGGAACUGGUCGAAACAUUGGCCUCUCAGGUCAGAUAAUCUUCGAGUCUGAUCCACUYCUCGAAAAGGUUAUCUGCGGGGACGAAAACAAAAACAGUGAACAGGGAACACGUUUUUGGUCAACCACACCGGAUUCCUCACGGGCAGAGCACUACUACAAUCACGUUGGAACGAASCACCAACAGGAAGAAUACGGAGGCGUCCCUCUAGACUCUGUAUCACAAAUGCGGCUUCUAGCAAUGGGCCUGUCGAUAUGCUUCAUUUUCAGUUUAUUGUCCCUCCGAAUCCACAACGGAACGAGGGCUGACUAUUUUACGGCGAGGUUGAACCGAAGGAAUCGAAUUCUAGAAAAUCUAAGUGGCAGUGACGAUGAAGAUACGGAUGACGAUGGCAAUGGCGAGACAAGUAGUAGCAACUACCGUGACAACGUURACAUACCUCUAGUAUGAAAUGGGAAGUAUUGUCAUUUCGACGCUUAACUUUCUGAAAUUAUCGAAAAAUACUACUUCGUAUUAUUCACUUCUUGUACUUAUUUUUUUCGAAGAAUGCUUCAUUGAAUGGAAUGUGUAUCAAUUCUUCGUAUCCCAUGCUAUUUUUCCUAAAAUCAGAUCUCAGGAAUUUUUUUCCCAUCAUCAUCCUUUAAUGGGUGAUUCCCGUAAACAUAGAAUCUAUGCUGACAUACUUUGCGUCUAUGACUCAACAGGAAUAAGUAUGUAAAAUCUUA